CUCUUUUCAAGGAACAAACCUCCAAAGGGCCUGUAUGUUUAUGGAGACGUUGUGAGACCUCCAAGGAAGGAGAUGCCAAGUAGUGCUUCAAAGCUUCGGACCACAAUCAAACACAGCAUCCUUUUCAACAGAAGCAGAAGCUCAUCUGAAUAUGCUCCUGGAUGCUGACAUGAACAUUUAAUCAUCUCCUCACUCAUCCAGGAAGAGGGGGAGAUCAGUUACUACUGUACUUUAUUGUGUUCAAUCAAAUCACCAUGUUACAAAAAUAGCAAGCCGCCAUAAUAAAAAAUAAGGCUCCUCUAUCCAGCACCAGAUAGCAUCAUUUUACUUUCAAGCCUAGAAAUUGCACACUUGUAUAUAAACCAAUCGAAGAUGAGGAUUGAGAGUUCAUCUUGGUGGAUUUUUCCUUUGAUGAAUAUGAAGUGUCCUUCCUUAUCUUUUUUGAUGACUUUUAAUUGAAAAUUGAUUUUAUUUGAUAUUAGAAUGGCUACUCCAGCUUGCUUCUUCUGACCAUUUGCUUGGAAAGUUGUUUUCCAGCCUUUCACUCUGAGGUAGUGUCUGUCUUUGUCUCUGAGGUGUGUUUCCUGUAGGCAGCAGAAUGCAGGGUCCUCAUUGCGUAUCCAGUUUGUUAAUUUAUGUCUUUUUAUUGGGGAGUUGAGACCAUUGAUGUUGAGAGAUAUUAAGGAAUAGUGAUUAUUGCUUCCCGUUAUAUUGAUAUUUGGAUGUGAGGUUAUGUUUGUGUGCUUUCAUUCUCUUUGUUUUGUUGCCAAGACGAUUAGUUUCUUGCUUCUUCUAGGGUAUAGCUUGCCUCCUUAUGUUGGGCUUUACCCUUUAUUAUCCUUUGUAGUGCUGGAUUUGUAGAAAGAUAUUGUGCAAAUUUGGUUUUGUCAUGGAAUAUCUUGGUUUCUCCAUCUAUGUUAAUUGAGAGUUUUGCAGGAUACAGUAACCUGGGCUGGCACUUGUGUUCUCUUAGGGUCUGUAUGACAUCUGUCCAGGAUCUUCUGGCCUUCAUAGUUUCUGGCGAAAGUCUGGUGUGAUUCUGAUAGGUCUGCCUUUAUAUGUUACUUGACCUUUUUCCCUUACUGCUUUUAAUAUUCUUUCUUUAUUUUGUGCGUUUGGUGUUUUGACAAUUAUGUGACGGGAGGUGUUUCUUUUCUGGUCCAAUCUAUUUGGAGUUCUGUAGGCUUCUUGUAUGCCUAUGGGUAUCUCUUUUUUUUAGGUUAGGGAAGUUUUCUUCUAUGAUUUUGUUGAAGAUAUUUACUGGUCCUUUGAGCUGGGAGUCUUCACUCUCUUCUAUACCUAUUAUCCUUAGGUUUGAUCUUCUCAUUGAGUCCUGGAUUUCCUGUAUGUUUUGGACCAGUAGCUUUUUCUGUUUUACAUUAUCUUUGACCGUUGUGUCAAUGAUUUCUAUGGAAUCUUCUGCUCCCGAGAUUCUCUCUUCCAUCUCUUGUAUUCUGUUGGUGAAGCUUGUAUCUACAGCUCCUUGUCUUUUCUUUUGAUUUUCUAUGUCCAGGGUUGUUUCCAUGUGUUCUUUCUUGAUUGCUUCUAUUUCCAUUUUUAAUUCCUUCAACUGUUUGAUUGUGUUUUCCUGGAAUUCUUUCAGGGAUUUUUGCGAUUCCUCUCUGUAGGCUUCUACUUGUUCUCUAAGGGAGUUCUUUAUGUCUUUCUUGAAGUCCUCCAGCAUCAUGAUCAAAUAUGAUUUUGAAACUAGAUCUUGCUUUUCUGGUGUGUUUGGAUAGUCCGUGUUUGCUUUGGUGGGAGAAUUGGGCUCCGAUGAUGCCAUGUAGUCUUGGUUUCUGUUGCUUGGGUUCCUGCGCUUGCCUCUCGCCAUCAGAUUAUCUCUAGUGUUACUUUGUUCUGCUAUUUCUGACCGUGGCUAGACUGUCCUAUAAGCCUGUGUGUCAGGAGUGCUGUAGACCUGUCUUGAGUUCACCAGGCAGGUUUCUUGCAGGGGAAAAGUUGGUCCUACCUGUGGUUCCAAGGCUCAAGUUUGCUCGUGGGGUACUGCCUAAGUCCUCUCCGCGGUGGCAGCAACCGGGAAGAUCUGAGCCGCUCUUUCCGGGAGCCUCCGUGCACCAGGGUUCCAGAUGGCGUUUGGUGUUUUCCUCUGGCGUCUGGACGUGCACAGAGUGCAGUCUCUUCUGGUUUCCCAGGCGUGUCCGCCUCUCUGAAGGUUUAGCUCUCCCUCCCACGGGAUUUGGGUGCAGAGAACUGUUUAUCCGGUCUGUUUCCUUCAGGUUCCGACAGUGUCUCAGGCGCAGGGAUCCUGCCGCUCCUGGGCCCUCCCCUACGGGAACCCAGAGGCCUUAUACAGUUGCCUCUUGGGCCAGGGAUGUGGGCAGGGGUGGGCAGUGUUGGUGGUCUCCUCCGCUCUGCAGCCUCAGGAGUGCCCACCUGACCAGGCGGUGAGGUCUCUCCCCCACGGGGUUUGUAUCUGACUUAUUUUAUUUAUUAAAAUAUCUUCAAGAUUCAUCUAUCUUGUCCCCCACACCAGAAUUUCCCCCAUAGAGUGAGUCUUUGUUUUCAUGUUCUUCCCAUUUUUAAACCAUCAGUAUAGUUUAAAAUAAACUUUAUAAGCUAUUACUUUGAAGUGAGGUAAUUUAAAGAAUAUAUCAAUAAUAAACUAAAAAAUACUUUUUUCAGGGGCAAAAAAUAAAUCCAAUCACACAUGAAUUUUCUUCCUCUUCAAGGCCUAGUAGUAUUCUCUCACCUGUGUAUACCACAGGCUGUUAGCCACUUAUCGGAGGGAGUUGUGAGCCGUUCCGUCUUCUGUUAUUGCGAGUAAAGCUGAUAUGAACAUGACUGCACAGACCUUUAUCUUCCCCCUUCCAGCCGGUCUGUGUACCCCAAAGUGGAGUUGCCAGAUAACGCUUGUGUUGUGUUUCAUUCAGGAGCCGGCCAUACUGUGCCACAGCGGUUGGCUGGGCCACUGUGCCCACCAGCAGAACACAGGCGUUCAGUCUUUAUUUUUCUGUUGCUUUGGUUUUUGAGUUGGGGGGGGGGGUCUUAUUUAUUUUGAGCCUCAAACUCAGUGUGUAUCUGAGAUUGGCCCGAGGACCCUAGGUAUGUGCCACAGUGACUUGUGACUGAGUAUCCCCCCUCUCUCUAUAUAUGUAUAUGUACAUAUAUAUAUAUGUAUAUAUAUAUAUGCUUUAUUAAUAUACAUUAGUGUCUUAGUCAGGGUUUCUGUUCCUGCACAAACAUCAUGACCAAGAAGCAAGUUGGGGAGGAAAGGGUUUAUUCAGCUCACACUUCCACAUUGCUGUCCAUCACCAAAGGAAGUCAGGACUGGAACUCAAGCAGGUCAGGAAGCAGGAGCUGAUGCAGAGGCCAUGGAGGGAUGUUACUUACUGGCUUGCUUCCCCUGGCUUGCUCAGCUUGCUCUCUUGUAGAACCCAAGACCACCAGCCCAGGGACGGCACCACCCACAAUGGGCUGGGUCCUCCCACCUUGAUCACUAAUUGAGAAAAUGCCUUACAGCUGGGUCUCAUGGAGGCAUUUCCUCAACUGAGGCUCCAUCCUCUGUGAUAACUCCAGCUUGUGUCAAGUUGACACACAAAACCAGCCAGUUCAACUGACCCCUUGUCAACUUGGCACACAAACACAUCACUAUUAAGCUUCAACCCUUACCUUCUUUUUUUUUUUUUUGGUUCUUUUUUUUUGGAGCUGGGGACCAAACCCAGGGCCUUGCGUUUCCUAGGCAAGCGCUCUACCACUGAGCUAAAUCCCCAACCCCAACCCUUACCUUCUUAUUCAUCCCCAAGAUCUAAAUAACUUUAAGAGUCACACAGUUUUUACAUAUUAAAAGCUCAAUCCAUUUAAAAUGUCCAAUAUCUUUAAAAUUCAAAGUUUAACUAUGGACUCCACCAAAAUACUUUCUUACUUCAAGAGGGAAAAACAUCAGGGCACAGUCACAAUAAAAACAAAGUCAAACUGUUCAACAUCUGGGCUCCACUCAUGAUCUUCCGGGCUCCUUUAGGGUUUGGGUCACUUUUCCAGCUCUGUCCUUUGUGGCACACACCUUGUCUUCUGGGCUCCAGAUGCCUGUUCUCCACUGCUGCUGCUGCUCCUCUUGGUGGUCAUCUCAUGGUACUGGCAUCUCCAAAACACUGCUGUCUUCCCUUGCAGCUAGGCCUCACCAAUAGCCCCUCACAGGCUCUCUUCAUGGUGCCAGGCCUCAGCUCCUUUGCCUGACCCCUUCAGUCCUGGGCCAUCAACUGCAACUGAGGCUGCACCUUCGCCAAUGGCCUUCCAUGGCCUCUCGCAGUGCCCAGCCUCAGCUGCUCUUCAUGACCCCUUCAAAGCCAGUACCACCUGGGUGACUCUCAUACAUUACCAAGUCCAGCCACAGCACAAGGUACAACCUUGGCUAUCUCUGGAACACAGCCUCUUUGUGCUCUCAAACACUUGCCAGGAGAUUUCACCUCAGUGAUGCUGGUCUCUUCUUAAUCACCGCUAAUUUCUUAGCUCCAGCUAACCAGCAUCAAUUGUCCCAGUAACGCAAAGGUUUACUUUAGCAGUUCUGGGAUCUUGUUAAUCACAGCUGAUUCUUCAGCCCCAACUAGCCAAAACCACAGAAUCUUCACAAACAAAACAUUGGCCUGACAAGAGUCUUUAAUCUUCUCUCUGAAACCUCACAAGCCAGACCUCCAUCUUCUGCACUGUUCUCAACAUUAUCUUCCAAGCUCCUACAGAACAUCCCACAGAGCUCUUAACAUCCCAUGGCUCUUCUAGCCCAAAGUCCCAGAGUCCUUCCACAGGCCUCCCAAAACCUGGUCAGCCUGUCACAGGAAUAACCCAUUAAGCUGGUACCAAUUUGUCUUAGUCAGGGUUUCCACUCCUGCACAAACCUCAUGACCAAGAAACAAGUUGGGGAGGAAAGGGUUUAUUCAGCUUACACUUCCACAUUGCUGUUCAUCACCAAAGGAAGUCAGGACUGGAACUCACGCAGGUCAGGAAGCAGGAGCUGAAGCAGAGGCCAUGGAGGGAUGUUACUUACUGGCUUGCUUCCCCUGGCUUGCUCAGCUUGCUCUCUUAUAGAACCCAAGACCACCAGCCCAGGGACAGCACCACCCACAAUGGGCUGGGUCCUCCCACCUUGAUCACUAAUUGAGAAAAUGCCUCACAGCUGGGUCUCAUCGAGGCAUUUCCUCAAUGGAGGCUCUUUUCUCUGUGAUAACUCCAGCUUGUGUCAAGUUGACACACAAAACUAGCCAGUAUAGUUACUGUAGUUAUAUAAUUACAUUAAUUAUAUACUGUAUAAUUAUAUAAUUAUAUAACAUAAUGUAUACAUAUUCAUGUAAUAUAUGUAUAUGUGUGUGUAUAUAUGGGUAUGUAUGUUUGCAGAUAUACUUAUAUGUAUAUAUUAGUGGUUUUAGUGAUUUAACUUCUGUAGACUCACAGUGCAAGGAAAGGAACCCCUCUGAGGUAGACUGUAGACUCACGGUGCUCACUCUUCAGCCUCCUGUAGCCUGGGAUCCCAGGUGUGGGCCCCAGUGCCUACGGCUCCCGACCCUUUUCAUGAACCAGUUAUCUUACCUCGGAGGGUCGAUCUUUAUCCUUGCUUCCUGUCCAGUUUGUCUGGACAUGUAAUUUGCCUAAUCCACAUAAUAACUGCAUCUUACGUGCGUCCAAUCACCAAGGAGACCAGAAGACGGUGCGAUCCCCUGGACCUGGAGUUACAGAUGAUUGUGAGCUGACAUGGGUGCUGGGAAUCGAACCUGGGUCCUCCGGAAGAGCAGCCAGUGCUCUGUGCCACCGCUGAGGCACUCAGCUUUUACUCUUGACACACGUGUUUAGGCAUCGUGAGGUGAGGCUGUGGUUUUCACCUUUUGUUCAUUUAUCUCAGCAACUUGGGCUGGCUCCCAGCUCGCACGAUGACCUCGCUCCAUUUAAGCUCGUUCAGAAGAGAGUUUGCACACAGACCGAGUUCACAUCUGUCCCUCACAUUUUUGGUUGGGUUAUUCAAGAGCUUUUCUGGAUCAGUGUUGCAUGAGAAGAAUUUGGAAAUUCUCUGCUUUACUCUUUUUGAUAAAUGUGAUGGUGGAGUCCACAAGGACUGCACUGACGCUUUCCAGAGUCGCCUUUCCAGCUAAGCGAGCCGUUUAAUGCCAGGCCUGACUGGGAAUUCCAUUUUCACAUACGAGGACCCUGGCCUUGAAAUAGCGUGGGCCCAGUGUUUUCUGGAGUAAAGCCCCAAGAUGAGUCUGUGUCUUCUUCUCGCUCACUGAGCUGCCUUUGAAUUUUAGUAAUUGCACCUCCUGAUAUGUGUAUGUGUGUGGAGGCAAAGAGAGGGAGAAGGGGAGCGAAAGAGAGAGGUGGGGGAAAAGGAGAGGAGGAGGAAGGGGAGAAAGAGGGAAAGGGAGGAGGUGGGAGAAGGAGGAGGAGGAAGAAGGAGAAGGAAGAGAAGAAAAGGGGAGAGGAGGAGGAAAAGGAGGAGGAGGAAGAGGAGGAUAAAGAGGAGGAAGAAGAGGAGAGGGAGGGGGAGGGGGAAGGAGACAGGAUCCCUACAUGCUGGUUCGGUUUGCUGACUUAUGGGCCCUGUCUCAGCCCCCAGGUACUAGGCUCUCUGGGAGAGGAGAGAGAAACAGUUUUGGGCUUGCCUGUGUCAGGUGACUGACCUUCAACUGUUAGUGAACUUCCAGGGAGUGACAUUUUCAAGUGCUGAAAGCUAGGUAAUUUCAUUCUAAAGACGUUUUAUCAGGGUUUCUGAAGUAGGGCUCAGUUUUGAAAAACAUGUUCUCAGUGUUAGAACAAAGUAUUAUAAUUGACCAUUUCCUCUCAUUUAUUACCUUUUCACUUCCUUAAAGAGACAUUUUUAUCUAUUAUUGUUGAGCACGCCUGUGAUAUAUGUAUAUGUUGGUGUGUGUGUGGGGUGUGUGGGGUGUGUGUGUGUGGUGUGUUUGUUGUGUGUGUGUAUGGUGUGUGUUUGUGUGUGUGUGUAUGGUGUGUGUUUGUGUGUGUGUGUAUGGUGUGUGUUUGUGUGUGUGUAUGGUGUGUGUUUGUGUGUGUGUAUGGUGUGUGUUUGUGUGUGUGUUUGUGUGUGUAUGUGUGUGAUGUGUGUGUGUAUGUGUGUGUAUGCGUGUGUGUAUAUGUGUGCGUGUAUGUAUAUGUGUGUGUAUGUGUGUGGUGUGUGUGUGUGGUGUGUGUAUGUGUGUGGUGUGUGUGUAUGUGUGUGUGGUUUGUGUGUGUGUAUGGUGUGUGUGUAUGUGUGUGGUGUGUGUGUAUGUGUGUGUGGUUUGUGUGUGUGUAUGUGUGUGUGGUUUGUGUGUGUGUAUGGUGUGUGUGUGUAUGUGUGUGGUGUGUGUGUAUGGUGUGUGUGUCUGUGUGUGUGUAUGGUGUGUGUGUGUGUCUGUGUGUGUGUCUGUGUGUGUGUGUGUAUGUGUGUGGUGUGUGUGUAUGUGUGUGUGGUUUGUGUGUGUGUAUGGUGUGUGUGUGUAUGUGUGUGGUGUGUGUGUAUGGUGUGUGUGUCUGUGUGUGGUGUGUGUGUAUGUGUGUGUGGUUUGUGUGUGUGUAUGUGUGUGGUGUGUGUGUCUGUGUGUGUAUGGUGUGUGUGUGUCUGUGUGUGUGUGUAUGUGUGUGGUGUGUGUGUAUGUGUGUGGUGUGUGUGUAUGUGUGUGGUGUGUGUGUAUGUGUGUGUGGUUUGUGUGUGUGUAUGUGUGUGGUGUGUGUGUGUCUGUGUGUGUGUAUGGUGUGUGUGUGUAUGUGUGUGGUGUGUGUGUAUGUGUGUGGUGUGUGUGUGUCUGUGUGUGUGUAUGGUGUGUGUGUGUCUGUGUGUGUGUAUGGUGUGUGUGUGUGUCUGUGUGUGUAUGGUGUGUGUGUGUGUCUGUGUGUGUGUAUGGUGUGUGUGUCUGUGUCUGUGUGUGUGUAUGGUGUGUGUGUGUGUAUGGUGUGUGUGUGUGUCUGUGUGUGUGUGUGUAUGGUGUGUGUGUGUAUGUGUGUGUGUGUAUGGUGUGUGUGUGUAUGGUGUGUGUGUGUGUCUGUGUGUGUGUAUGGUGUGUGUGUGUGUAUGGUGUGUGUGUGUGUGUAUGUGUGUGUGUGUGUGUGUGUUCAAAUGCAGGAGGUUAGGGUAGCAUGCCAAGUGUAAGGUGCAGGCUGGCCUGUUGAGCCAUCUUGCCAGCCCCCUUCAUUUGAUAUCCUUACGCUUACUUUCUGAGUUCCCACACUUCCCAGUGAGUACUAACGCCAGUAGAUUAGUUCGUUCUAGUGUCUUUCAGAAGAAGAGACAGGAAUGACCUAUAAGUCAUGCCGGGUUACGGGCUCAGCUCUCAGUGCUGACCACAAACGGGAACAGGAGGAAGCAGAGACAAUCAGCUCGGAGUUUCCCAGGCGAGCCGUCUAAUUUCCCGAGAGCUAAUGAGCCGUCAUCAGUGUGAGCGGCACACACUGCUCAAUGGGAUACACCGCCUUAAACAGAGUUUGCCGAAAAGGAAGGUGGGAUUCAUGGCUAAGUCGUACGACCCGAUAGCGCCCAUAGCGGAGGAAAUCAGCCAAGAGGCUAGUCUCCUGUGUUUUGAUGAAUUUCAGGUCACUGACAUCGCUGACGCCAUGAUUCUGAAACAGCUUUUUGAAAAUCUGUUCAAAAACGGGGUCGUCGUUGUGGCAACGUCCAACAGACCACCGGAAGAUCUCUAUAAAAACGGACUCCAGAGGGCUAACUUUGUGCCAUUUAUAGCUGUCCUGAAGGCACGGAUGGCGGCAUGUGUCUCCCUCCCUCUCCCUCUCCCUCUCCCUCUCCCUCUCCCUCUCCCUCUCCCUCUCCCUCUCCCUCUCCUUUUCCCUGUCCCUCUCCCUCCUUUCCCUCUCCCUCUCCCUCUCUCUCUCCCUCCCUCUCUCCCUCCCUCUCCCUCUCCCUCUCCCUCUCCUUCUCCCUCUCCCUCUCCCUCUCUCACUCCUACUCCCACUCCCUCUCUUCUCCCUCCCUCUAUCCCUCCCUCUCCCUCUCUCUCUCCCUCUCCUUCCCCCCUCCCACUCCCUCUCUUCUCCCUUUCCCUCUCCCACUCCUACUCCCACUCCCUCUCUUCUCCCUCCCUCCCUCCCUCUCCCUCUCUCUCCCUCACUCUCUCCCUCCCUCCCUCUCUCUCUCCCUCUCCCUCUCCCACUCCCACUCCCUCUCCUCUCCCUUCCCCAUCCCCCUCCCUCUCCCUCUCUCUCCCUCCCUCUCUCUCUCUCUCACUCCCUCUCCUCUCCCUUCCCCAUCCCCCUCCCUCUCCCUCCCUCUCCCCCUCCCUCUCUCUCUCUCUCCUUCUCCCUCUCCCACUCCCACUCCCUCUCCUCUCCCUUCCCCAUCCCCCUCCCUCUCCCUCUCUCUCCCUCCCUCUCUCUCUCUCUCACUCCCUCUCCUCUCCCUUCCCCAUCCCCCUCCCUCUCCCUCCCUCUCCCUCCCUCUCCCCCUCCCUCUCUCUCUCUCUCUCUCUCUCUCUCUCUCUCUCCUUCUCCCUCUCCCACUCCCACUCCCUCUCCUCUCCCUUCCCCAUCCCCCUCCCUCUCCCUCUCUCCCCCCCACACACACACUUAUGAGAAGGCAGACUCUGGAGCAGGAAGAAGAGAAAGACGUGACUAGUUACUUGUUACAAAGCGUACGAUGACCACACUGACUUGGAAAACAAGACAAAAUAAAGUAUGUUUUGAAAAAUACUUCCAGGGAAAGUGAAGAAGUCACGUUACUAAUGCAGUAAUAAAGGAGAUGAAUAUAAGAUCAGAAGAAAAGCGAGCUGGCAGAAAUAAAAACAAAGAAAAAAAUUUGAGGUUAGAAACUAUUAAGAAAUGACACCAGAUAGGGAAAGAGGGUCCAAGUGUCACUGUGCACUAUUCAUGUGCCUGUGUUUGUAAGUGCGUGUGAGAAGGCUUUCAAGUUUUGUUCCUGUUGGACUUGAACUCAUCAUCCUCCUGCCUCAGCUCUCUGAGUCACUUGUCACAAUUCAUAUGUCUGAAAUAAAAAAGACCCAAGGACAAAGUAGAAAAUAAUGUUUCAUAAAAUAGAAAAGUCCGGAUCUGAUGUUCACUGUGUAUUUGCCUAAGUCCAUCAAAAAUAAUAUAUUUUUCUGUUGUGUCAUUUAACUCCCAGGUAAAAGAAAACUCUAUAGUCAGUGAGAAAAGACUUUAAACAGGGAAGAUUCUGGAGUUGAUCUGAGGCCUGUCUGUUUCAAACAGAUCCCAUACUAAGGUAGAUUUGUUCCCAUUGGGUUAGGACUGGAGAGAUGACUCAGUGGUUAAGAGCACUGACCCCUCCUUUGGGGAGUCCUGCUUAAUUCCCAGUAGUCAAAUGGCAGUGAACAACUGCCCAGAAGCCCAGUUUCACGGCAUCCAGUGCCACCUUCCGCCUUCCAGGGGCGCUGCACACAUGCAUUCAAGCGAAACAGCCGGACACAUAAGAUGAUACAAUUAAAGGAUACAUGGGUUCGGUUGGUUAGGUCUUUGUGCACAUUUAACCCCAGACAGGCCAAAUGUGGCCUACUCUUGUAAUCCCAGCACUCAAGAGGCUGAGGCAGUAGGAUCACAUAUUCCAGGCUAGCCUGGACUAGGGUGUGAGACCCUGCCCCAAAUAAAUGGGCCAGUGUAUAAAUCAAUCAAUCCCGGCUCUAUUUCAGAGGGAGUUAAAUUAAAAAAAAAAAACCCACAGAUAUGUAUUUUUGGACGCAUGAUAAUGUAAGAAUUACAGUCUUUAUAAAAUUUCCCGAGCGAAUUACUUUUAAGAUUUCAUACCACCAGUCAAAAUGAAUAACUUACAAAUAGAGAUAUUACAGUAAAAUAAUUGGUGGUGGUUGAAUUGAAUCUGAUUAAACCUUUCAGGCAGUAACAUUUUUAUCCUGUCACGUGAGCACUUCUGUAAUUGAAUUAAGCACGAGAUGCUGGGGCACAUGGCAGAGAGGAGCAGCUUGCACUGAGAGAGAAAGCUGUGGAGGUCAGGAUUCUUGAAGGGGGUGGUACUUACCUGGAGCCUUAAAGAGUUAAGUUACCAGGAAAGCCUGAAAGGCAGGAUCCUGAAGGAAGGGUGUACAGAAAGGGUGGAACCAUGAAGACUGUACACUUAAAAUGUGAUUAAUAAUUAAGUUUAUUAACAUUUUAUGAGCCAGUCGCUACUAUUCUUCCAUUUACUGGAGACUUUGCACGUUUGUAUAAAAUUUAGAUUUCCCCCUCCAUACCUCCAAAUAAAAGCAAGAUGUAUCUGGUGCGUGCAAAUAAAAAGACUCCGAUGGCACUUUAUUCUUUUAUACUAAAAAGACGGUGAAUGUAGCAAUCGUUAAAACCUGUAAUUUGAAACUCCCUGCUGGUCAGAUGAUGCAAUGUGGUAUUUGUUUGUCGUAGUUUUUAUAUGUGGGGUGAUUUUUCUUUUUUCUUUUCUUUU